AUGCCGUCCAAGUACAGUCCACUCCUAAACUCACUCACGCAAGGUGAAGAAUUUGGCUACGAUGGAAAUAUUGAAUAUUGGGGUGAGCGGUAUAGAGAGUGCGCUGGCAAACAUCAAAGCCCGAUAAACAUCAACGUACUUCGAGUGAAGCAAGUCACGUUACCCGACCUCGUCCUCGUAGGCUUCGACGACUCCAUUGACGACGUUCACGUCACCAACAAUGGACACACAGUUUUGAUAGAGGUGCAAAAUGAACCACAUCCACGAGUGAGAGGAGGGCCGCUUGACGGAGACUAUAUAUUUAGUCAAAUGCACUUCCAUUGGGGAGACAAUGACACAUUCGGUUCUGAGGACAAGAUCAACCAUAGAAGUUUCCCUAUGGAAUUGCACAUGGUGUUCUUUAAAGAGGAAUAUCAAUCAGCGGCGGAAGCUGUUAAACAUUCAGAUGGUUUGACAGUGCUCGCAUUCUUCUAUGAGUUGGAUCGCCAUCAGCACCCUGCAUAUGAUGACAUAACAUCAGCACUAGUAAACGUCACGGAACCUCAUACCAGUGUGGUGAUGAGUCACCCGUUCUCGUUUCUAAACAUUCUGCCUUACGACCUGAAGAGAUACUUCACAUACAAAGGUUCGCUGACCACGCCGCCCUGCUCCGAAGUCGUCAUCUGGCUUGAUUUCGAACAACCCAUCAGGCUUACACACGAACAGAUAGAAGCCUUUAGAGAGAUAAGAUCAGCGCACGGAAAGAUCACACACAACUUCAGGCCGAUCCAGCCAAUUGGCGACCGAGUGGUGUUCUAUAAUAUUGACAAUAAUUACUACAUUUAUAACGAGAUUGAAGAACACGAAGAAACCAGUACUGGAAAACCAUCGAAAAGAAAAAAGGGCCGUGGAAAUGCUCACCGAUUAGUUCCUACAAUUGUAUAUACAAUGACAUUUACUACAUUGCUGUUAUUUAGCUUGUGAUAAUUUGUGAACUAAUGUAUAAUCAGUUAAAAAAAAUAUUUACCUAGAACUUGUAUUAGACUAAAAUAAUGUUGUUACUCAAGAUCUUUAAUUUAAUGUCUGUUGAAUGAAUUUGAAUGAAAACAAUUUGUAAAGUAUAUCUUCUAAUUUAUAAUAUAUCAACUAAUUAGGUAUGACCUAUUUUAUGUUGUAACUUUUAUAAUUUCUUAUUGCAGAUAGGAUAGUAGGUUUAGAUGAAUUAAUGUUUUGGUAAUCUUUGCUGACAUCUAUGCUUCCCUGGUGGAAAUAUUCAAAGCUAGCACUAACAGUGAAAUAAGAAUUUUUGUCAAUUUUGUUGGCCAGUCAUCACACCAAACUGUUUCGGUAACUUCAUUGCAAUAAGUUAUAUAUUAUUAUCAGCAAAGUUAACCAUUACUAAU